CAUUGCAUUUGAAAAAUUUUGGCGCUUGAGAAACCGUUGUCUCUCUUUUCAUGUCCAUAGAAUACACGAGUAUAAGAAAUGUUGCAGUUCAACUUCGUUCAUUAUCUGCAGACACCGAAAACCAACCUAUCAUAGCUAGGGAAGAAGGUUGCAUGGCAGCUUUAGUUGGAUUCAUCGAAGGCAACGAUUCCGAGAUCGUUAGAAUAGCUGUAGAAGCAAUAUUGGAUCUGACUAGUCACCCAGAUAAUGCAGAAGUGAUGAAAUCAGAAAGGGGACUAGUAUCAGCAUUGAAAGCUCUAGUUACCGACUUUGAUAGAGCGGAUAUUGGUACUAGGCAAUCAGCACAUGCUUGUUUGGUUAAUCUUUUGGUCCGAAAUUCCAAAGAGAGUCAGGCAUUUAUCGCAGAAGAGUUGGCAUCAUUGGCCAAUAAAGGUGGAUUAGGAGGAAAGGAAGCGUUUGACUCAUCUCUCUCAACCGUUUUGAAGCCCAAGGCUCAAAAUUGUCUUUCAGAACAAAACCACGCUGACCUUGUAGAUGUUCCUUUUCUUCCUCAAACACUAACCAUUCGACUUUAUGUUCGAAAUGUUAGUGAUGAAGAUGUACAGUACAGAGUAGAGCGUCUGUUGGUAAUGACACGUGGAGUCGUAUCAGUAUCCUUUGAAAUUGGAACGGAGACUGUCAUUGUAAGGUCCAGAAUUGCUGCAGAAUAUGUUCGUAAAGCCAUUGAAUUGCGUGGUGGGUUUCCCGCAGAGAUAAUAGACGAAGAAGUAUAUAUUGAGAAAGAGAAUAAUCAACUUCGUUCGAAUGAGGCUCUUUAUAUUUCGAGUGAUGGACCCAAAUAUUUGGAUGAGAUGCCUAGUCGUUCUCGUCUUUCUUGGAGUUGGCAACGUGGAGACAAAAUAAUUGUACCUGGUAACGGCGGUGUUACUUUGGCAGAAAGAUUAGAAGCACAAAGGAAAGAAGAAGCCAAAAAGAGAGCUAGAGCAACUCGUCUCGUGAAUCGAAUUGGAAAGAGUUUUGUCUCUGGUUUUGGAUUUUGGUAGUCACGAGUACAUUAUUUUGUAUCAUUUUUAUCCAUUUGAUUUCAUUUUCUUUCACUGACUUUGAGUCCAUUGAAGUAUAAAGCAAAAGACACCUUAUCAGACAUUGUCUU